AUGCCCUUAGACGUUGUGGACGCUAUUGUUGUUCUUGGUGGUGGUUCACAACGUAAUGAAGACCCUGCCAGUCUUCCAUGGUUUGUGUUGGAACGCUUAGAUGCCGCAUAUGAACGUUAUCAUACAAUAUGUGCAGAACAACUAUUAAAAGGAAAAGGAAAAAGACCAAAACUUGUGCUUCUCAGUGCGGGAACUACACAUAAACCAAAUUACAUUAAUCAUGUUGGUUGGCCUAUUGGUGAAAGUACUAGUGGAGCUCUUUAUCUCUUACAAAAGUGUAAAGAAAGAGUAGAUGCGAUGACGACGAUGAAGAAAGGUAAGGUCGCUGAUGAAAAAGAAAUGGCUUCAUGGCUUACACCUCAUGAUAUUAUUCGAGAAACAAGUAGUCUUGAUACAAUUGGAAAUGCUUAUUUUUUGCGAACUGUACAUGCAGAUCCGGCUGGUUGGCGUCAUUUACAUGUAAUCACUUCAGACUUUCACUUACCCCGUACUCGGGCUGUGUUUGAGUUUAUAUUUGCCUGUGAUAAGGCUGUGUAUAAUAUUACCUACGAGGGUAUCCCAUCUGCACAGAGAAAUAAGGAACAACAGAUAGCCAUACAGGGACGUUCUUGUAAAGAAAGGAAUGGAUUACAAGCAUUUUACGCGCUUGUGCAUGAUGUGUUUGGAGUCUCUUGUUCAUUUUCUUCUUUUAAUGAUAAUAAUAAUAAUAAUAAUGAUAAUGAGAUGGCAAUGUAUACACGUAAUGCUGGUGUAACACUUCAGUCUGUGCACGAGUGGCUCUUUACGCAACAUCUCGCGUAUUGUACCCACGAGGCGAUGGUCGUUUCUUCAUCCACAACAGACAUAUUAAUGGAUGCAGAAACACUACAGACAUAUUGA